ACACAGACACACACACACACACACACACACACACACACAGACACAGCUCUGGUCUUUACUCUGUUUCUAUUUUUGCUCGGCUCUCUCAGACAGCAGUCAUGGCUCGCUGCAGGAGUUAUUUGCGAGGACUCUCCAUCUGUGUCACUGUGCUGCUAAUGGUGUCCGGUGUGGUGAUGAUCGGCGUCGGAUUUGCCUCCAUUGAUGGCAAUACACCGGUUGCUGAGUUGUUUGACCAGUUGUCCAGUAGUGAUGGUUUGCUGGUCCUGCAGGUGUUCGGUCCUGUCACUGUGGUUUUAUCUGUUCUGGGUAUUUGUGCAGCAACGUUGGACCUCAAACCUCUGCUAUUGGUGUUUUCUGCUCUGAUAUUUGUGGAGUUUGUGGCUAUGAUGGUUGUUGCCUCCCCGCUGGUCCAAGUUCAAACUCAGAUGGACAGUGCGGUGGAGGAAGUGUUUUUCAAUGCGACUCCCCUGCAUAGAGUGGAUCUUUACAUCCAGGGUGAACUAAACAAACUGCAGGCCUCGGACUCCUGUUGUGGUUUGAGAAGUUAUGAAGACUGGGAGACUCAAAUACCUCUCUCCUGUUUUUGCAAACCCACUGUUCCCCCUCCUGCCUCUGACACACAGCCGAGCUCUCAGCAGGUUAACUCUGAUGCAGAAGGGUCCUGUGUGAAGGUGGACAGAGACCAACAUACUGCACAGGUGACAGAAAAGCUUUGGGUUCACUCCCAGCCCUGUGGUCCCAUCCUGAAGAGCUACAUGAACUUUCCCAUCAGACUCAGGAUAGGAAUCAUUUCAGCCUUCUCCACCAUUACGGUGGCAGCCAUCGCUCUGUGUCUCGCUUUGGGCCUGGAGGAAUACUGGAAGAAGCCUCCCGUUGAAACUACAGUCGUAGACUUCGACAGAGUAAAGUACCAACCCAAGCCUUCUCCAACAUGACCUCUGACCUCUGACCUCUGACCUCUUAUCCCUGCCCAGCAAUUCAGCAUCCAUUUAUACUACUGGUGAAGAUAGCACAAGUUUAACAAAGGUCCAAUCUUGGGCAUAUAAAUGUUUUUUUAUACUGAAUAUUUAUAAUUGACAGAAUGAAUGAACUCUAAUAGGACUAUAUUAUUUUGUGUAAUGGUACACCAAAAUAAUAUCCACCUCAUGACAUCAAUAAUGUACCUUUGUUAAUGAUCCCUAACCACUUCCUGUUUGUGUGCUUAACUUCCUUUCCUAACCUUCCAUCUACCAGAAGGGCCUUACUUUAUUUCAAAAUAAAAGUACACAGCAAGUAAAGUACUCUCAGCUUAAGACAAGACAAAGAUUCAAAAUAAAGCCUGACAAUUUUUAUUUUUAAAUUCAAAAUAAUGGAAUUUCAAAAGUGUGAUGAAAAAUUUGAUUAAUUUGAAUUAACUGUUGAAAUUCAGCGAUUAAUCACAAUUAAAAUGUUGUUCAUUUGACAGCCCUUAAAUUCAAGUUUGAAAAUCAGCUCAUUUGACUCCUGAAGCAAACCAAAAGACUCCACCCAAUGAGCUCCCGUGUAGUUACUAAGAUCUGCUGUUAAAUAUUUAUAUAAAGAGAAAUUACUGCUGUUUGAUUUUUGGUGUGAUGUUUGAUUUUUUUGCUUUGAAUAGCAUGCAGCUAAUAAAUAAGUGUAUUUUGUGAGUGACGUCUGUGUUCUUUACAUGUAUUUUCCUCCAGCAGCCACAAGAUGGCAGUAUUGUAUAUAUGAUGCUUCCUGCAGAAGAUCUACGCCAAUCAGCCAUUGCAUCAUGACCACCUGUGUGAUCUAAUGCAAACCAAUACAACAGCUCCAUAAAUUCUACUUUUAUGACGCUUCUUUAUUGUCAGGUGAUGUUGUCAUGGUCAGAAAAUUGAUAAUUCUACUUUGUAUUUAUGUUUGGAGUCAUAGUGGGUGGUGGUGGUGUGUUGGAGUUUGUCAUAUUGAGAAGUGUUCCUAAUA